GAGAGUGGCAGGGGUUCAGUACUUAUGCCACCAGAAAUGAACGCAGUGCAUCUGCCUAAAAGAACAGUAAAUACUAUUGUUGAUUUCACGAGGGUGGUGAUUCCCAGGCUUUCUGGAAAUGUGCCUCAUUUUCUGGCACACUUACCACUGAAGGUGAAUUCUCCUUUUAACAAGAAGAAAAUUCUGGUGGAGAGCUACCCAACAAGGAAAGGACGUGUGGCUGUUUCAGUAGUAACAUUUAACAAAACCAUGGCCAUGGAGGAAAUUAAACUCACACAGAAUGUCCAUAAUGAGGCUCUGAGAGCUGAUGUUUCAGACAAGAAGAAGGGAGGCAAAUUCCAGCCUUUUAAGAAGUUGUUUGGCAAAAGGAAAAAGAAAGACACUUCAAUUUCCCGGGAGGCGGAGGCAGGAAGGAAGAGCCACUCUCCCCAGAGCGUCAGCAAUGACCUUAAUGCGCCCAAAGCCUGCAGUAGUGGCCAGAAGGCUGUGUCGGAAACAGAAAACACAGCUACUGGUACCUUCAACAGUCGUGCCCUACGCUACCUGCUGAAUCUGAAAGCCUGGAGAACUGUCCAAGUGCCCAAGUUCCUUAAUGAAGCAACCCAGCAGCAGCGUCAAGAUCCAGUCUGA